CGACGUAACAAGAGUGCCUCCGCUCCGCUAGCUCCCCCGUCAGCACACCCGCGGCGGACAAGGAGCCUCAGGACAGCAGGUGCUUCUCUUUUGUGCAGUCUCCAGGAUCCUUCAUGAAGAUGCUGAAUCCGCAGCAGAAACCCCGGCUGGAACGCCGAAUCGUUGGCUCAACCAACCGGUGGCGUUACCCCAGACAGCCUUUCUCGGGGGACUUGCUGGGGCUCUCCCAGAUGUGCAAGGCUGCCAACAUAGACUUUGAUGAAGUUCUGAAGAACCCAGACAGGUUAUGCAUUUCACAAAUUCAGAAAAUAUUCCCCGAGAAUUUGAAGAAGAAGACCAUCCAAAGCGGAGAGGCAGAUGUGAUUCUCGAAUGCCUUGGCUUCAAAUGGGAACUCCACCAGCCCCAGCUUUUUCAGUCUGAGACCUUGGCCAAGCUCUACCUGAUGGGCCUGGCCCGGGGCAAUGCAAACCCUGAGAAGGAGCCAAUGAAGAUUCUGCAAGCCCAACGGCCCGGGAGGAGCCGAGAACAGCGCCCCGUGAAGAAGGUGAUCCUCUCCUUGAAGAUCAAUGACCCUCUGGUCACCAAAGCUGCCUUCGCCACGGCCCUGAAGAACCUCUACAUGCGCGAGGUGAAGAUGUGCCUGGAUGACGUGCUGGGUGUGCUGGCCGCCGCUCACAUCCUCCAGUUCAGCAGCCUGUUUCAAAGGUGUGUGACCAUCAUGAUGAGCGGACUCACGCCAAGCACCAUCAAAAACUUCUACCUGGCCGGCUGCAAGUACAAGGAAGAGCCCCUCACCACCGCCUGUGAGAAAUGGAUGGAGAUGAACUUGGUCCCUCUUCUGGGGACACAGAUCCACCUCCGGAAGAUCCCAAAGGAGCUGCUCCACAAGGUGCUGAAGUCCCCCAGGUUGUUCACUUUCAGUGAGUUUCACCUUCUGAAAACACUCCUUUUGUGGGUCUACCUGCAGCUCAACAGCAAGACUGAGACGUUUCCGAUGUACGAAACCGUGUUGAUGUUUUUCAGCAGCUUCCCCAAGAACUGUUCCUUUCUGGACCGGGACGUGGGACAGAACUUGAUCCCUCUCUUCCUUUGCCUGCGUCUGCACAGCAUCACCAGAGGCAAGGAUCUGGAAGAGCUUAGGCACAUAAACUUCUUCCCUGAAUCCUGGCUGGUCCGGAUUACCUCCAACCACUACCAUGCGCUGGAGAAUGGGGGCGACAUGGCCCACGUGAAAGACCUAAGCACCCAGGCGGUGAGAUUCGGGCUGCUUUUUAACCAGGAGUAUACGACACAUUCAAAAGUGAUUACCAUAUAUGGAUUCUUCUUUGAGAUAAAAGGAGUCAAGCAUGACAGUACCUCCUAUAGUUUUCAUAUGCAGAGAAUAAGGCACACUGACUUGGAAUGUGCCUCCGCGGUCUAUGAGAACACUCCCAUCAGCCUGAGAGCAGAACGCCUGGUGACGUACGAGAUCAGAGCCCAGACCCUGGUGGACGGCAAGUGGCAAGAGUUCAGGACGAACCAGAUCACGCAGAAGUUCGGGUUGGUCAAGCCAUCCUGCAAAAGCCAUGCCUUGAAAAUCCAGACUGUGGGCAUCCCUAUCUAUGCAAGUUUUUCAUUCGUCUUCUCAUUAUCUUAACAGUUUUCAGAAGAAUUUCUUCCAUUGGUCCACAUAAGAAGAAAUAAAAUAACAUUAAAGGGACUGCUCAAAUA